AUGCCGAAGAAUAAAGGGUGGCCUCCUAAUGGCCCUCCUGCGACCAAGAAAUUCCUCCGGGUUCUCGCUUCUCCAUCCGAUUUAACAGAUGUUUUAAAGAAUGUUUCUCCUCUCGUUGGUGGUCCUUUUUCUCUAGAUUCGACCCCCGCCACAGUAUCCCACACCCCCAGUGUCUCUUCUCCGCCAUCAGGCGUUGUUUCAAACCAAGAUCUGUUGAAGUCCCUUACUUCGGGAAGUGGGCCCGAAACAGAUCUGGUUUCUCCUCGGCUCGAACCUCCGCAAGGGGUUGUUACCGGUGAUACCAUUCUUGUUGCCAGUGAAGAUCCUUCUGUAGGCACACAAUCUCAACCAGAAAUGGUCAAUCCGGCGACAGUUUCAGACAGUAUCACUCCUCCCUUGAUUGGGGGGGCUCAAACUCCCAGAAAAUGGUCAAGUUUUCUGCAAGAAUCUGCUCAGCUAGAGGAAAUAGGAACUCCAACCCAACACAUUUCUGGAGCCCCCUUUGUUCUAAUUCCAGAUGAGAACAUAGCGGCAGCAAAGCAUGAAUUUAAGGACUUCAUCUUUGCUCGUUUUCAUGGAGAUUCAGCUGAAAUGGGAAGGAUAAUUGGAGUCAUUAAUGCCAUAUGGGCUCGCUCGGGAUUUCCUAUGUUCGUUGCUCCUUGGACACAAGAUCUAGACCCAGAACAGCCCCCCAUAACCUCAGUUAUUAUCCCUGUGGAGCUGUGUAACGUUCCCUAUCUCCUCUUCAACAAGGAAAGCCUUAGCAGAAUCUCUACAGCAGUGGGUAAACCUGUCUCCUUAGCCCCUGAGACAGAAAGAAAGGAAAACUUCGAAGUUGCUAAAGUCUAUGUUCGCGUUGACCUCACCAAGACACUUCCAUUGUCUGUGAUUUCUGGUUUUUCGAGUGGAAAGGAAGUAGAAAUAGCUAUCUCUUAUCCUUGGUUGCCUUUGAAAUGUGAUACUUGUGGAAAAUAUGGGCAUGAGAAAAGAUCAUGCUGCCUUCCGGCAAGCGGUAGAAAUCUCUCGACCUCUCCAGCUCCGAAAGAGCGUCGACUACACCAAUCUAGACCUAGUAGAUCCACAGAAGUAAAACAAAAAUCAAAGCCUCGCGAUGAUGGUCCCAGAGAAGCGAAGCACACCUCUGGUAGUCAUGGAUCCUUCUCUGAAGUUGUAAGCAAUACAUCUCUACAGGCUAAAAAGAGGAACUAUUUGGAGGAUGCUAGUGGAAAGUCUGAUGUGGAUCCGCUUGGAAGACCGAAAUCUGAUGGCUUACUCACUAGUGGGAAUAGUGAUAAGACAUCUUCAGAAAUCCAAGGUGGUAGUGAUAUAGAGAGUAUAGAUCCAGGGGCUCCUCUACACGCCAAGACACCCCAAGACCCAUCUUUAUCUCCAGCUACAGGGGCACCUUCGGACAUUGGAGAUUUCCCAAAUGCUAGGUCAACAUCAGCUUCAGGGGCAAUUCCAUCUCCUGCAAAGGAUGGAGUUAGUAUCUCUGAAGAACACGAAUCUCUUUUCUUCAUGGUGUCUCGCCGGAAGAGUGGCCCGGAAAAUGUCAACCUUACUGUUACUUUUGCUUACGGGUUUAAUCGUUUGGAAGAUAGAUUGUCUCUGUGGGAGGAGCUAUGGACUUUAAACGCUUGCACAUCAGUAACCUCGCACCCUUGGGUUGUUGUUGGAGACUUCAACCAAAUCAUGCGAGUCUCUCACCACUCGAACCACCUGGGUCUGGAUGUGGAUGAAUCCGGUAUGGAUGACUUAAACCUUGCUCUUCAGGAUGCUGAACUUUUCGAAGCUCAAUCUAAGGGACUUUCCUUCACUUUGUGGAACAACCAAGACCAGAACCCGAUUGCUAAAAAAAUCGAUCACGCUUUCAUAAACCAGCCCUGGUCUCUAUGCUUUCCUGAUGCGUAUGCAGAGUUCUUAGAGCCUUUGCAAUCAGAUCAUGCGGCUUGUCUGUUCAAGAUGUCAUCAGCUCAAAGAAGAAUUUUUCAAGCUUGUCCGAUCCUUGAAAUUGUUAAAGCGGCCUCUGAGGCACUUAAAUAA